AGCAUCACAGCGUCAACGUCAACAACGACGAGGACCGCAACAGCAGCAGCAGCAGCCUUCGGUUAAUGAGUGAAGCAAAUACGGUGGAGGAAAGCGCCGUUCAUCAUACAUAGGAGUUUUAUAGCAGAGAAUGUUUCCAUAGCAAUGGGAAAAGCCGCGCGACGGUCAGUUGUGUCAGAUCCGUCGUCGCCGACCUUGCCCUUAUUGCACUCAACAACAACAACAACAAAACCCACGUCAUCAGCUGGCGCAAGUCCAUCCUUCCCCUACUCAUCAUCGUCUUCAUCAUCGUCGUCGUUCAGAUCAACGGCAGUUCUGUUCGACGAAUCCUCCGAAAGCUCGUCGUCGUCAUUCAUUAACAGCAACAGCAUAAGCCAUCCGUCAUCCCCAUCGGAUUAUUUUCGUUAUCCACCGAAAGCUGCAACACUUCAGCAACAGCUGCCGGCAGCUAAUUCCAGUGCCCUUGAUCCGUCGCACUCGUCCUCGGCAUCAUCGGACUCGACAGGGCCAUACUAUACGCCGACCAGCACUCCGAAGCACACGACACCGGUUUUAAGCAAUCAGUCGCAGGCGGAUCGGGACCGGGAACGGCAACGGAUGGAGUUCUACGCGACGUACGACGUGAUGACCGGGGUCCGGAUAGCGGCCACCCUCGGGGGGUUCUUCGGCCUGAUGGUGUUCCUGGUGAUCUACAAAAGUCGCAGCCGGUCGACGGCCAAGGCGUUGAAGGAUCCGACGAUAGCGGCCGUGGCGGCUGCCGUCAUCCAGGAGGAGGAAGAGCGGGAGCUGCAGGAGGCCAUCGAGGCAACCGCCUUUUCGCUGCUACAGGAGGAACUACACGUGAACUAUCCGGGCCUGAAGCGGGACCGGUUGCUAUCCCUGGGAAACGUUAGUGCCCCGCCGCUACUGAAUCGGAACUCACGCUUCUCGUCCAUCAGCGGUGGCUACAGCAGCCUGUUGAACCCACCCCGACGAUAUUCCUAUGCCAGCAGUCGGGGGCACCGGAACAGCGUUUCGGUGUCCUCGAGGAUUCUCAGUGCCUACAACAUGGGGGAAAGCUUCGGGCAGGAUGACUAUUUUUUAGAGAGCGACGGCGAGGAAGCUGACGACGAGUUCGAUCAGUUCACGACGACGGCGGACGUUGGCUAUCCGCCCGGGAACUUCCUGUCGGUGCCGGGCAGGGGUAUCGAAUCACGGCGCAGCAGUGCGAUGACCUGCUGCAGUACCGAGAGCUCAUUUCUGGAGCGACGAUGCUCGGCCAUUACGCUGGGGUUGUCCUCCUUGCCACCGAUUUCGCGAUCACCCUCGCGGCAGCAGUGUCGUGGUGAGGAUCGUCGGGGCAGCCACGUGACCGUUAAUGGUGGUGCGGUGGGUGCCACUUGUGCCGACUGGGACGCAUUCUAUCCCGGGAUCAACAUCAUCGAAGCCACUCCGAAAUCUUCGCCUUGCCCCAGUGAACGCAUUACGCACAAAUCCGGGGGUCUGUCGACCCGCGAACGUUAUUCUGUCAGUAGGAAGUAUCAGCUGUACGACGACAGCUCGAUCGACUGUAUAUCCGAAUAUCCUGAUACGAAUGGUGCUGAACCUAGCCAUAGCCAUAGACCGCCACGGCAAAACUAUAGCAGUAGUAGUAGAAUAGAUGAUAUUAGUAUAGCCAAUAAUAAUCCUAGCAGUAGUGUCAUUGUACGUAGAGCUCCCCUUGCGUCGCUUAGUUCCUUCAAGAUGUCGUCGGCAGACUGCCAGGACAGUGAUAUACGCAGCUGUGGAUCCGAUUCCGUGUUUGAUGAAAGCUGUGCGGACACCGAUGAAGAUUUGCAACAGUUCAGCACCGAUAGCGAUGAGCUUAGUAUUCCAGACGAAGGUGAGUGUUCCGUAACACCGAUGGCCAUCACAGUGGCAGGUCCCAGCACUUCCGGGACCCUGUCGGCUGCCACUGGCCUCGGUGGGGUCAGCAGUAGCACCAGCAGCAGUAUUCACAGUCAACAGCCAAAGAUUGUGCAGCAUCAACCGUACGGUGCAGCCAGUGAUACCGUUUUUGUUGAUAUCGAAACUCCCAAUGAUAUUAGAUGUUUAAGUAGUCUUUCAAAUAGCAAUCGACGCGGUCGGCUCAAAUCGAAACCGGACCGAGCGAAUCUGGUGACGAAAAUCGAAACGAAAGCAAUCAUCGAAAGGCCGGGUCGGGAUCGAUCACCAUCCCCGAGGGCCUGUUCGUCAAUGGCGGUGUCCUCUCAUCAACCAAAGAACACCCUCCAGACGUCGACGACGGAAGUGAUGACCAGUGGCCGGAGCACCAGCAGUCUACCCAGUCGCUUACCCAGCGGUCAUGAGAUCAGCAGUACCCAUUACAGUAAGAACAACAAUAACUCUAGCUCUAGAACUUACAGUAGGAACGAUACCGACGAUAUUAGCAAUCAAGUAGAGGACGACGAGGACCGGGAGAGUAACAAUAAAUGCGUUGAAGUUAAUGUUAUUAUCAAAAACCAUAGCACUAAUAUUAAAAGUCCCUCUGUGAUUCUCGAGCUACCUAUUCUGACAAUAGACGAGGAUAGUUCCCAGGCGCCGCUGUCCCCGGUCGAUCCUUGCGUUCCGGGUCCUUCGCGGAAGUGGUCCAAGGAGACGCUGUUCUAG